CGCCCACAGAAACAGAAUAUACCCCUGGACCCUACUGAUUUCGUGGCGUCCUCUCCUCACCCCUCCACUGAAACCUAAACGACCGCCAUUGACAGCCAUCGUAGAGAGAGAGAGAGAGAGAGAGAGAGAGAGAGGGGAUUUAUGUGAGCUUCGCGAUGUCUGCAAUGGCGGUCCUGACGCACAGCCCGUCCUCACCCUUAACAACAGCAACUUCUCAGUUCACAAAUCGACGACGCCCGAUGCAUUCAAUCGCUUUCAAUGUCCGUCGCAGAGAAACUAAGCUCGUCAAUUUACCUACUUCCUGUAAACCUUCAACUUCCUGUAUUAGAAACUUUCAAGAUGAGGAUGCAGAAACUUUUGAAGUUGCAAGUUCUAGAGAAACUACAGAGGGUCAAGAUAAGGUUGCUGAUCAGGUGUUUGGUAAUCCGGAAAAUAGAACUACUGGCACGGGGAUUUCAUUCUUGGUAAAAUUAGCUAUAGCGCUUGGCGUAGCUGCAACCAUUACACUAAUAUCUGUUGGCUUCAAACGGUAUAUGAAUGGAUCACCUCAGGGGGUGAAUUAUCUGGGUCAUGGCUCACCUGCUUCGGUUUUGACUGCACCCUCUGCCGGUUUCACUCUCAAUGUCUUUGGACACAAAGUUGUAAUUCCCGAAUAUGCUCCAGGAUGGAUCUACUUUUGGUUGCUGAUGGCUGCCGGUUGUGGAAUUGCUAUUAGUGAAGAGGCUUUAAAUAUAUGGGUUGGCAUAUCCUUAUCGCGUAUGCUGUCUUUGGAUGGAACAUGGCAGUCUUUUGUUGAAUCAUUCUCCAGAAAUGCACCAUACAUAUUAUCGACGGUCCUGUGGGUGUACUGGGGAGUAUGUCUUAGUGAUAUGAUUCCAUUUUAUCUCGGGAAGCUUUUUAAGCAGUCCGGGGCAUCUGAUGAUGUUUGUUCAAAGUUAGGGAUUGGCAAGGAGAAAGUAAUGGAAAUUACUCGUGUUGUGCAAAGAUAUGGAAACCUCGCAGGCUUUGCGGAGCGUUUUUCUCUUGGAGUGAGAAAUCCUACAGCUUUCCUAGCAGGAACACUGGGUGUUUCUCCAGAAUACUUCUUUGCUGGAGUCUGUUGUGGUGGCUUGAUCACCCUUCCGCUUCAGUUGGUGGCUGGGUUCUUGUUGAGGGAGCGCCCCAUAGUUGCCGUUGCAACAGUUGCAUCUGCAGUUGUAUGGCUGUCCCCUUGCUUCUGGUAUUUUUUGUUGUGUAAAAUGAAAUCUGAUUUGUAUAACUAUUGUACAGGGACUUUGGACGGUGUUCCCAUACGCAGUAGCGGCAUCAACUGCAUUGUUCCUUUUUCUCCGACGCCGCUUCUCCAGCUAGUUCUGCUCAUAACUGUUUGCUCGAUUCACAAGUCCCAAUGGCAGAACAGGUAUAAGCUACCGAAAUCCAUGAUAAGAAGGCACAGGUUCAUACUGCCGAUGGUUGCUGCAACUCUCUGUUGAAACACCAUCCCCAUACACCUUCCAUUGUGGGUUUUAAAGCACAAUUAGCUUUGUACUUUUGGUAGCUGAUUUAUGCCCUUUAAGCAAGGGAAUAUGUAGACCGUCUUUACCAAAAAGAAUUUUGUCAUUCUUUGUAGUAGUACAUAAUAAAGGACAAUCUGUUUUUUUAUUCACUUGGUUUUGGGAUACAAUGGCUUGUAAGUUGGCACUAGUUAUACUUUUCAUGUUCAACGCCGAGGUGAUUAUUUGAAGCUUAUUUGAUUACACCA